CACACACACACACACACACACAGAGACACCUGUACACACACACACACAUGUACAUACACACUCACACAGAAACAUGUACACACAAGCACAGAGACACGUGUACACACACAGACACGCAUACAUGUACAUACACACAUAUGUACAUACACCCGCACAGACACAUGUACAUACACACAGACACAUGUACAUACAUACACACACAGACACAUGUACGUACAUACACACACACACAUGUACAUGCACACAGACAUGUACACACACACACAAACAUGUACAUACACGGAGACACAUGUACAGAUACACACAUGUACAUACACACACAUGUACAUACACACACGUACAUACAUACACAGACACACACAGAUACAUGUACAUACACACAGCCCUAUAAAAAGUUGCAGUACUUCGUUGUUCACUCAGAGAGCCGGGCACUCUAGGGGGAGGCAGAGAGCACAGCACACACUCCUUCCUUUGCUUUCACUACACUCAGCUAUUGAGCAGUCUGACGGAUCCCAGUGUCAAUGACAGACCUGAGCUCCAAGCCUGCUCAGCAAGACGGCCCUGGGCACACACUUGCCCCACCAUAAUUUCCACUCGCCAUUGGCGAGCAGGCCAGUGGAAAUUUCAAG